AUGCGCCGAGAUACUCUCACUUCUACCUGGUGUCGCAGUCCUCGCCCCUUCCGUGGCCUCAAGAGGAAUUCCUCGUCUCUACACCAGGCCUUGCGCGACCGUGGAGUUGUCGAUGUGCAUCCAGAGAUCGCUGAGGCUCUUGGAACCCAACAACCAGUCGUUGCUCUAGAGACGACGAUUGUGACCCAUGGAAUGCCUUAUCCUGUCAAUCUCAAGACGGCAAAGUCCGUAGAAAACAUUGUCCGACGCACUGGUGCCGUUCCUGCGACAAUAGGCAUCAUCGGUGGCCGUGUCAAAAUUGGCCUGGAGCCUCAUGAGCUCGAAUUUCUCGCCGACGUCGCGACAAAUACGGCGGAGAAGGUAUCACGUCGUGACAUCGGUCCUGCAAUUGCGCUAGGACGACAUGGUGGCACGACGUGUAGCGCAACACUCAUUUUUGCCGCUCUCGCGGGUAUCAAGGUCUUUGCGACGGGAGGUCUAGGAGGCGUACAUCGAGGCGGAGAGACGACAAUGGAUGUGUCUGCUGAUCUCCACGAACUAACACGCUGUCCUGUGGGGUUGGUCUCAGCUGGGGUCAAAUCUAUCUUGGAUAUCGGCCGAACACUAGAGUAUCUCGAAACAUUGGGUGUACCUGUUGUUUCGUAUGGCAAAACAAAAGAUUUCCCGGCAUUCUAUAGCAGAAAGAGUGGCUUUCAGAGCCCCUGGAAAGUUAAUGAUCCAAUCACUGCCGCCAGGAUUCUCUAUCACCAGCAACAGCUCGGUAUGGCGAACGGUGUGCUCUUUGGUGUACCCAUUCCAGUCGAAUAUGAAUCUACCGGGGAAAUGCUCCAGGAAGCCGUUGAACAAGCGGUGCAAGAGGCCGAAGAGAACGGCGUAAGCAAGAUGGGCAAAGAGGCCACCCCUUGGCUAUUGAAGCGUGUGGGGGAACUGACAGCAGGGAUAUCACUGACAAGCAAUGUCGCGCUCAUCGAGAACACGGCGCUCAUUGGCAAGUCGCCCGAUGAAAUAAGAGGCCAAAUUGCGGUAGCGCUUGCGAACUUAGCGCAGGGGAAUGACAGCCUACCACUGGUUACUUCAUCCUCACCCUCGGUUGAUAUUCAAGCACCAAGUGUGUCCACCCAGCCGUCGCAUCCGUCCAUCUUGCCCUCUGCAGAUCUUGUUGUCUUCGGAUCUGCUGCUGUUGAUAUCACUGCACAAGCUUCCAGUGCUACUGAUUCAAGUAUUGGAGUACAUUCAACAAUGCCAGGCACUGUAUCCCUUUCCUUGGGCGGUGUGGCCCGUAAUGUAGCAGAAGCUGCGCAUCGCAUUCUGUCAUCUCGACCAACGGCCGAACUCGGUACCGCACUGCUCGUUUCUCCGAUCGGGAGGGACUCUUUUGGCCGCUUGCUCGUGGAUGAAACUAGACGUAUUGGUAUGCGCACGGACGGUUUUAUUCAAAUGGACGCAGCGAGGUCUGCGAUUUGCAACAUGGUUAUGGAUGGUCACGGGGGCCUCACAGGUGGGGUGGCUGAUAUGGGUAUUGUCCACACUUUAGAAGGAAAUACAGCACUCAGCGCCCUUCGGGGACAUCAUCCUCGUGUCGUCGCCUUGGACGGUAAUCUCUCUCAAGAGACUCUCAAGUCGCUAUUGAAUUAUUGCAUUGACAAUAAGACUACCGUAUUCUAUGAACCAACAUCAGUACCCAAGUCGAUCAGAAUAUUCCCUGCUAUCGCCGCAGCCCUCCCCCGACUGCGCUCGUCUGACGCUCCUGUGUCAUUUGCAGCACCCAACCUACUUGAACUGGCACGAAUGUAUGAAGAAGCAAGGUCAGGCCCCCUGGAGCUUACAGCACAUCGUCAUUGGUGGGAUAUUGUCGACGAUAUGGCGAUUGGCUCCCAAUUUCGCAUGGGUCUCGAUCAACUCGCAAGGGUGAACGUUGACGACCAGGACUCGUCGAAGGGAACCUUAUCGUUCCUCGUUGAGAAGGGAAUCGCGCAGAUGGCUAUUCACCUCCUGCCCUUCUUCCAGCACCUCAUCAUCAAGUGCGGCGAGCGCGGCGUCAUUGCAGCCUUCCGUGUGUCCAGUGAACAUGGCCAAUCAUCACCCUGGCUCCAGGAGCAUAGUAAUGUGCGCGGACGAUACAUCGUUUGUCGUGGCAAGUCUAGCGUAGGGGCCACCGUUCUCAAGCAUUUCCCGGCUCUACCGAUCCCGAAAGAAAACAUCGUCAACGUAACCGGUGCGGGCGACUCCCUGGUUGGAUCUAUACUGUCCUCGCUUUUGCAUACCCCAACUGGCUUUGAGGACCCGGUGUCGUUGGAGAACGUCAUUUCCCAUGCGCAGAAAGCUGCUGUAUUGACAUUACAAAGCCAGUACGCGGUCUCACCGCUCCUGUCAUCCUUGCAUGAGAAGCCAGCGAGGCGGUAA